AUGGAUGACUGUUUAUCAUGCCCUAUCUGCUUUGAGCCAUAUUCCUCUAACGCCAAUAUCCCUCUAAUCCUAAUUUGUGGGCAUACUUUAUGCUCAAAAUGUGCAGAAACCAUUUACCGAACGACUCAAUUAAUCUGCCCUCAAGACCGUGUUUAUGAUUAUCACAGCCCAGACCAGCUCCCUCGAAAUAUCACUCUCCUCCAAAUAUUAGAUCACAAGCCAAUUAAACGGAUAAACAACCCCUGCCAACUCCACCAAACCAAAAAAGUCAAAUUUUACUGCAUUUCGCCUUGCAAUAUCGGAUUCUGCUCUGGCUGUGUAAUAACUCACCAGCACCACACAUGGAUUGAUAUCUUUUCAGCUGAGGCAAAUGCCAGCUUCCAAAGGCACAUUGAAGAUUUAUUUAUAAAAUAUCGUGAAAAAGCAGACUAUGCCAAAUAUGUAAAAAAUAAUUAUGAAAAUCAGCUGAAUAUUGCUUUAGCAGAUAGAGAAUAUUGCGAAAACUCUAUUAGGAGAGAUUUUGAGAUUAUUAGAAGUGUAUUGCAGGAUAAAGAAAAAGAACUGAUUAAUGAGGUCAAAAGUUCGGCGUUUAAUGCAGAAAUGAGUAUUGAAGGAAAAAUUAUAGAGUUUGAUGAGGUUUGUAAAGAAAAAGACAGGAAAUUAAGGAUUAUUGAAAACGUUUUUAGAGAGUUAAAUCAAUAUUCUGAAGUAGAAAAAAUGCAAAAGUUGACAGAAAUUCAGCUUUUGCUUGCAAAUGAGAUGAGUAUCGAAAUUCCUGAGUAUGUGGAAAUUGCAAAUUUUUCGAAUAUAAAGGCAAAUGUGAUAAAAAACUCUAACUCCCCCUCGAUCAGGAGCAAUGCCAUUAAUUUUUUGGAAAUUAUCCCCACUCUGUGAGCUAGCAAAAAAUGUUUUAUAAAACUAUUAUAUAUUGUGAAAUAUCUACAAAAUUUUAAGCUAAAACAUAAUUUUUUUUAAAUUGCAUUUACUGAAUGCAUUUAAUCAAAAAAAUUAUUUAAAAUCAAAGCAUAAAAAUUUUGCUAUUUUACAAGGUGGGGGAGUAAAGAAAUAGAAAAAAUUAGCUUAACUCCCUCUUAAUAUUUUAUGAAUUUAUUUUUCGAAAAAAAUAUAACACAAUUAUAAUUUUUAUAUUAAAAAUAAAAGACAUCCUCUCUAAAUCAAGAGUAAGUAUCAAGGCUUCACAGAAAAAAAGCUGCUUCGAAAAUGGAGAUGAUAAGCAGUCAUUUAAUCCAUCAAAUGAAAAUUUAAGUUUGCCCCAAAAAAGAGUAAAGUCAGAAGUGUAUGAAUUAACAUAA